UGUAGGAAUUGAAUUGCUUAAACCAACCAUCCAAAAGGGAGUAAAGAGAGAGAAGUAAAGGCGACCAUGGAGAACACAAUGUUAUUGGUUUUGGUUUUUGUUGCUUUGAUCACCAAGGAAGCUUUAGCAGCCCAACAUAUUGUUGGGGGAACCCAAGGUUGGGAUGAAUCCACAGACUUCGACACAUGGGCAUCAGGCCAAACAUUCAAAGUUGGCGAUCAACUUGUUUUCAAGUACACCUCAGGGCUGCACAGUGUUGUUGAACUUGCAAGUGAGAGUGCCUACAAGAACUGUGACCUUGGAAGUGCAGUUGACUCCAUGAAUGGCGGCAGCAAUGUGGUCAAAUUGAACAAGGCAGGCACAAGGUACUUUGCUUGUGGCACAAUGGGCCACUGCAACCAAGGCAUGAAAGUAAAGAUUAAGAGUGUCACUGGGAAUGCACCCUCUUCUCCAGCAUCACCUACAUCUUCAUCUUCAGCCUCUGAUGCUCUCCCUUCCCAUUCAUUUGUUAUGGCUGUUGCACUAUUAGCCACCUUCAUGCUUUAUGUGCUCUGAGGAUUUGAAUGCUGGGAUUGCUGAUUCACUAGCAGGGAUGUACUAUUUGGUUUUAUAUUUAAGGGAGUAAAUUACAGUCAGUAUUGAAGUUGUAUAUGAGUUGAAAAAAAAAAAAACAAAGAGAUCACAUAUUCAUUGUUUGAUUAUGAUUGUAAGAAAGGUGAAUAAGAAUGGCUGGGGGUUGCUUUAACCCUGGCCUGGUUUUUGUAGUAUGUCAAGUAAUGGACCUUGUUGCAUU